AUGGUGGAACGAACGGGUCAGUAUCCGAAAAAGCAAACUGGUUUGGAAAAGGAAAAAUUACAAACAACUUUUAAAGUUCUCAAGUUUCCCGUCUCCCGCGUUUCUCAUCGAUUCCACAAUUCACUCACGCACGACGACGAGAUUAACUCUCAGGUUUCACUGAUACUCUCAGAUUUUGUUCACUCGAGUUCUCUCACCGGCUCUCGGGACUCAGAAGCUCACCAUUUCACUGUCAGAACUCCGCUCAGGAGCUCAGAAAAGCUCAGUAGUCCGCUUAGUCGCUCACUGCCUCGAUUUCACUCUCAGAAGCUCACGAUUUCUCUCUCAGAAUCAGAACUCUUCUCAGGUGCUCACGAUUUCUCAUUCUCUGCUACUGUGGAUGUUGCAAGGAAGAUUUCUUCCACGAUGUUACAAUGGAUGGGUGGGUCAAGGAGGAAAGUUGAUACUUCAAGAAGGUCAACACAGAAAAGGCAAAAGCAAUACUUUGAGCAAAGAAAAUGGCAAGAGCAGCAGAAAAAAAAUGCAAGAGAGAGCUUCUUUGAUGAGAAAAGCCCAUGUAAUCAGCAAGAAAAGAAUAGUCGUUCACUUGAUAUUCUGAGUUUACUAAACGUAUCAACAGGUUCUGGGGAACACAAGUCAAAUGUCCACUCAGCAAGGCAUAUUUAUGAGGACAAUCAAAUGCUACAGCCUUCUCCAGUGAUUCAAACAAAAGAAGUCAUUUAUCUUGGCCCCCUUCAACAUAAGGAAGGAACGUCACCAAGCUCCCAAGAUUAUGCAGCCUGCCCAAAUCAUACAUCAGUUGGAGCACCUGGAGGUCAUGAGAGAGGUUUGUACAACACCAAUGAUAAAGUAAACCCAUUGGCGAACUCUACAAGCAAACAACUCUCUAUCAUUGACAUACUUGGUGAUGAUGGACCGAACUAUGAGUUGGAAAGUUCAACUCAUGAAGGCCAUGUUGCAUUUUCGAUUGAAGGUUUAGGUAAAGUUGAAAUGUCUACCCCAGUUCAUUCACCGCAGCUACCUGGCAGACCCUUGGCAUAUGGUAGGCCCUCACCCCCAAGGGCAAGGAGAAAAGCUCUCUCAUCUGACUACCUUAACAAGGGAAUAGAUGGAAUUGACCUGGAAUUGGAUAGCAUGAUGGUGGAUGUAGAACUACCUUUUCAUACAAGUCCUUUCGACAGAUCCUCUUGCUCCAGGGGAGUACAAGAUUCACCUGGCAGUGCAGAACAUAAGUUACUAGAUACCAAAUGGUUCUCCUCUAAUAACAAUUUCACUUGUCUGUACACUUUUGAGAAUGAUGAAAUCUUCGGCAAAAACAAGGGAAGUUCACAUACAAUUUUGAAUGCAAAUUCCAGCUUCCCACUUCCUGAAAGCUUUCAUGAAGAUUAUUGUUCAUCUCAUUUAGAUGCUGUUUCCACUGAUUUUUGGAACAACCAAAGUUGUGGGAUGCGAGAAUUCAACUUUGAGGACUGUUAUAGUCGGGAUUUUGCCAAUUCUUGUAGUGCCAGAAAUUAUGGGAAGCAAGACACUUAUUUUGAUGACUCUUAUCAUCAGAAGCAAAGUGUCAGGAUGAAAGCCAAAUCAGAAUUCAACAUAAUAGAUGCACCUACUCCCUAUUCCAAGCACUUCAAACCAGAGAAUUUCAGUGUCUCGGAUGGAGAAUGGUGUUCCAUGGGAUGUACAAGUCCUCAUUUAAUGGAUUAUAUAGACCAUGUUGAUAGGACAUGGUUUGCAAAUGAAGAUGCAAGAGAUAAUUUGAGUUUAUUGAGCGAAGAAUCAUCCACUGCAGUGGUGGGUGACUUAGACACACAACAAAAGGUGAACUCAAAUAAUAAAAGGAGAAGCCAGGAGGUAUCUGAUGGGAGGAAAGAGACAAAAUUCUGUGAGAAGUUAUUUGCUAAUGAAAGAAACUGCAAGAGGAAUGAUAUUCAGCAAGGAAAGCCAACAAAGUUACCAUGGCUACCGAACCAAUCAAGAGCAAAGCCAGAAAAUUACAAUUCUGCAUUUUAUGAGAAGAGGUCAGACAUGAACAAUGAUGGACUGAGGGAGGCAAGAUGUGGUCCAGGAGAGUCAAAUUCUAGAUUCAGAUCUUUCUACCAAACUUCAGCGUCCAAAAGAUAUGUUUCCACUUGUUCCGACUUCUUGGUUGGAGAUGUCCUUACUGAUCAGGAGCCUAAGUUACAAGUUGACUCCCUACACAACCUCGAAGGGUCUAUCGAAUAUCCUGGUGAAUAUGCACCCUCAUGUUUUAUGAUGGAACCAAUAACUUUUGAACUAGAUAGCCCCGCAUGCACCUUCAGGAACUUGUUUCAGGAUGCCAAGAAGGGAUGUGGUGCUGAGAAUUCAUUACAUACUCUCGGUUCCCAUGGCACAGUAACAGGAAACAUUGUAAGAGAUGUUGGAAGCGAUGGAGAUAAAGGUGUUGAUAUCCUACCAUUUGAUAGCAGCCAAUUUGACCCCAAUACUGAAGUUUCUGGUAGGUGCAAGAGUUUCUCAUCAGGAAAGGAAAAGUCUAUGGAUGGAUCAAGUUCUGUCAAUGAGUGUAGUAACUGUGAUGAACCAAAAGAAAAAAUUCCAGAAGUGAAGGACAGGACAGGAUCGUUUAACUAUUCUGAAUGUGCAGAAGAAGCAUCUUCCUCUGUAGAGAUGUCCACUGUAUCAAAGGGGGAUCAGGACAGUUUAGAUAAAAAUCAGGAUACCCAAUCUUCACUUAGAUACCAAGCAGGAGAUGAAGUUACAAAAGAUGACAGCAGGUCUUCAUCAAAAGAAGGAAUGAUAACUACACGACAAAGUCACAACAUUCACCAAAAUGGGCAAGUGAUGAUGCUUGAGGCCGUGUCCUUCAAUUUUUACAUGUGCAGUUUUUGAAGGAAGCACAGGAUUAAAGAACUUGGACAAUGGAAUGGGGAGGGCAUGGAAGGUCUGACAAGCUUUGCAGGCAGCAAAUGAAGCGUAAAUGCCAAUUAGUGAACUGAGGGCAAGCAAGGCAACUGGGACAACAUUAAAAGUUUCAUGUGUACUUGGUAUAAACUAUAGCUGACUAAACUUAAUGCCAAAUGCCUGCUAUUAAUGUACGCUAAGAGGCAUACAAAGCUACAUGAAUUCAAGAAACGUUCAUAGAAAUGUCUCUUUUAUCUCCUUUAAUUUUUCUUCUCGUGGUGGUCCAGCUAAAUGGUGUCUAUUUGCUUUCAUUGUCUUAUUAUAUAGAGAGAGAUGAAAGCUCAAAAAAAUCCUGCCUUAAAAGGUUCUGAUAUACUCCUCAACUGUGGGGCGAUUUAGAGUUGAUAUAUUCUUUGUUAUAAAAGUGAUUCACAUUUACAUA